ACACAGCAAGCUGGAGAAAGAAAGGAAAAACUCCAUUAAAAACCUCCAGGCUCUCCUCCAUGUUAGAAAUAAGAUGGAAAAUGGAGUGGAUUUAACAGGAAUCCCCGAUUCCCGCGGCCAGGCGGGAGGAAGGCAGACACGAAUCCAAGCUGCGGGCUGCUGAUGCUUUUUAAGUUGCAAUAAAUACGGAGAACUGCAGGGCAGGAUGAGGAUUUCCUGACUCGGACGGACAAGAAAGGACAGAUCGCUUUUUCACGAUCCUUCUCCCUGUGAAUUUAAUCUAUUCACCUCAAUGAUUCUCUGGACUGCUCUGGUAAUUGUUAGAAGCAGCUGUGACAGCCUGGAAACAUUAGUAUGAUUUCCUGAGUUUGAGAUUUCCCCCCCCCCCCUCCCCUUCCCCAACUACUCCAAACUCAGGAAAAGUCCAUACAAUCGCACUUCAUUUCUCCUUCAUGUGCACUUGGAAGCCCUGGGAGCAGCAGGAGCAGCGGCAGCAGACGCAAGGAUGAGCUGCAAGGCAGAAGGUGAGGACUGCACGGAUGGGAGCAGCAACAGCACCAAGAAGAUGUUAAAAUGCGUGGUGGUUGGGGACGGGGCCGUUGGGAAAACCUGUUUGCUGAUGAGCUACGCCAACGAUGCCUUCCCCGAGGAGUACGUGCCCACCGUGUUUGACCACUAUGCAGUUACCGUGACUGUGGGAGGACAACAGCACCUGCUGGGACUUUAUGACACAGCAGGGCAGGAGGACUACAACCAGCUGAGACCCCUGUCCUACCCCAACACAGAUGUGUUCUUGAUCUGCUUCUCAGUGGUAAACCCUGCCUCAUACCACAACGUCCAGGAGGAGUGGGUACCUGAGCUGAAAGUCUGCAUGCCCAAUGUGCCUUAUGUCCUCAUAGGAACACAGAUUGAUCUGCGAGAUGAUCCCAAAACUUUGGCUCGUCUGCUUUACAUGAAGGAGAAACCACUCACCUAUGAGCAUGGCGUGAAGCUGGCGAAGGAGAUUGGAGCACAAUGCUACCUGGAGUGUUCAGCCCUCACACAGAAAGGCCUUAAGACUGUCUUUGAUGAAGCAAUCCUGACCAUUUUCCACCCUAAGAAGAAGAAGAAGCACUGUGCAAAGUGCCACAGAUGCUGCACCAUUGUAUGAAGUCACUUGGAAAGGAAAGUGAGAUGAGUUCAGUGAAACCAAGCAGGUUAGAAAGGCAAUGAAGGUCAUAAACAACUGAAAAGGGGAACAUGACCAGAAAGGGGUCCUUUUUACCCAAAUAGGAGCCCUCCAUUCUGUGAAACCUCCAAGCUGUAUCAGAAUAGGCCAACUCUUGUCUGUGUGCAUUCCAAAACCUUCAGAGUUGUACGCAGCCUGUUCCCACCACUGCAGACUGUGCUGAGCCAACAGAAACAAGGAUGCCUGCUCCUGCUUGAUUCUUCUUCACCUUAGGAAUAAGAAGAAGGCACUGUGUGGCAAAAAAAAAAAAAAAAAAAAAAAAGGGAUAAAAGAAACAGAACAAACUCCAUUUGUGGCCUUAAGCAAGAAUUGAUCAAAAUUAAGAAUUUGCAGUACUUAGGAAUUUAAUCUGAACUGACUGAAAGAACAUGGAGAUCUGUAGAAAUCUACUAUGUAAGAUAUACACUUUAGGUAGGAUGUACUUUUGAAUUACUUUUCUUUUAUAAAACUCAUUACUGCAGGAUAUACUUCUGUUUGUUCAGUCUGCGUGGAAGCAAAGGUGGAGCGAUUCCAGUUUGUCUUCACUUAAUGGUGAAACUUCACAGCGUCAGUAUGUUGCUGCACCCGAGCUAUCAAGACAGAUCAACAUUUACCUCCAGACUUAAGGAAUGUUCUGAAACUAAAAAAUGCAAGUAACUCUAUUUGUACAAGGGAAUAUUCAGGCUGAGCCAUGUUACUGUAAGCUGGGAAAGGAAGAGCAGAGUUGUAGUGUUUGUGUACUGAGACAAAGAUAUUCUGCCACCAAAGAAUAUUGCCCUGGACACGAAAUACCAGCUUGGAACAAUCGCCUUUCCAAACUGAGAACAUGAAAGAGACACAUUGCCAUGGCAACUGAAAAAUUACCUUAUAGAUCAGCUGGAUUUCUACAUCCCACCCAGCAGACAAAAAUAGCAAAAGCCAAAAAAGCCAAAGGUCACACCGAUCUCAAGUACUUUAAGAUGAUCCAAGUGCCUUAUGAUUUUUUUAGAGUAUCUCAUGUAAAAACCUUAUCAAAGCAGAAUUAUAACCACUGUGAUUUACUGUAGUCCCCCUCCUCUCAUUCAUUAUUUCGCUUCGCUCCCACUCUUCCACAGCCUCAUUGCAGUAAGUGCUGUUUAAGCUGCAGUUCUCAGCAGAGGACUUUCAGAAGACGGGCUGCAGCCCUCAGCACAGGGGUGGGAAGACGUGGAGGGAGCACAGGCUGCCAUAAGCUCCCUGUGCUGCUGAAAAAAUUGUGCUUUUCCACUAAAGCCUCUCUGGGAAGCCUGUACUUUUGCACCUCGCAGCAACACUGAUGCUCGGAGGUGAGCUCAAAGGGCAUCUGCCUUUGGGAACAAUGGCAAUGCCAUGAGAUUGUCUUGUGGAUUUCAUUCCCCAAGCAGAAAAUCAUCAUGGCAGAAAAUACAGAGAUCUCUAAUAUAACUCCUUGCAAAAGCAGCAUCUCUAUCCAGCAUUUUGAAAACUGCUCAAACUAAGCAGCAAACAGAAGAGAACAAUCAUGAUGUAACGCCCCAUCCUUUACCCAUGGAAGACGACAGAUCCAAGCUCCUGUUUUCACUCGAGCACAAGUUUUAUUUACCACGGACACUGACAGAAACCAGAUCAGACACAAAACAUUUCCAGUAGAGAUCAAACAAAAGUGGCCAAACCUGAGGUCAGUGCCACUCACCUCCUCUUGUGCUGCACACAAGCAUGGACGAUAGCUAAAAUUAUGCUAAUGAAUAUCUAUACAAAAGAGAGGCUUCUUUACUGCUGGCAAUCAUUGUGCAUAUCCUCUAUCAUGUCCCAGAGAAACGGACUGACUGACACAACACAGCUCAGAGUGAGGACAGAGCUGAGCCUGGUGAAGGAGCUCAUGUCGUGCCAUAGAGGCUGUGCUGCUGUCCCAGCACUGAGCAUUCACAUAGCAGGGACACCAGUAAUCAGCUGAUCUGAGAGGUGUAACACGGUGUUAGAAGAGCAUGAGGAAAACUAGGAGUGGCCAAAAAACCACUGAAAAAUAAAAGAAGGGUUUCAACAGAAAAAAUAAUGAGAGCUUCACUGUGCUGCUCUUUGCUUCAGUGGAAAUAAAACAGGGUGAUGGCUUUGUGAUUUAGGCUGCCGUAAAGCAUUAGCCUAUAUGCAACUCUGGUUAAAGUAAGUGAAGUCUGCUGUAGCUGAAGUGCAAUGGAAACACUCAGUUUGGAGCUGCCGAGUAUUCUAAGAGCUUCACAAAAUACAGAGGAAAUAAUUCAGAUCAACAGCUGAGCUUAUCAUAAAAUAAUGAGCACAGUGGAAUGUGCAAUAUAGCAUUCCCGGCAUGUGUCAGAGAAAGCCACAAUAACCAAAUGAUAUUCUUGCCUGGUAUCAGGGGUGCCUAUUAAUGCUGAUGGGAUGGGAUGGGACAGACAUAUAAAAUCAUAUAGGAAGUUGUGCCAUUAAUGUAAUUGCAGUGGUUUGAGGAAAAAUAACUUACAAAAACCCAUAUCACAGAAUCACAGAAUUUCAGGGGUUGGACAGGAUCUCCAGACAUCAACAAGUCCACCCCCCUGCCAAAGCAGGCAAAUAUGGUGAUGAAGAAGCUAAAAUGCUACUAUGCUGAUUUAUUAAACUGUAGCACCCUGCACAAAUCGUUGCACAGCACUGAAAGCAGAUAUAUGGAAAAAAUAUUAUGACUAACCAGGGUUUUAUUUGUAUUUACAAAGUCUAUCACAUCAGGUUUGCAAAACAGUUUUCAAGUUUUUCAAGGUAAUUGAGAUCAAAAUUUGUCACUUGGGAGCUGAAAGAGUGGGUGAGUGGUCACAAUCCACACUCUGUAUUCCAUUUAAUUUUCAUUUCUCUUCCAACAAAAAUAACUGAUUUCUUUAAAGAAGACAUGGCUAAUGCAGGUCUCAUAAGCAUCAGUCCUGUGUUGGGUUAUAUCCACACAUUCAUCCUCACAAUGUGGCAUUUUUCAGGGAGAGGAAGGAAUAGCACAGGCCAAUAGGCUCAGAAAGGUGCUGUAGGCAGAUGUAAGCAGACUCACUGACUAUCUGGCAAGUCAUACCUAAUGCCUUUCCUACAAACCAACAGAUGGUACGUGAACAGGCAGCAAAGCUUAUUUUCAGAAAUAUCAAAACACCAGGCACAGUGCAAGCACAUGCGUAAGGCAACAGAGAGAAAUUUCAAGUGAUUUUCAAGCACCAUUAGUAACAAGAAAAGAAAAUCAAUAUGUGACUGCCAGCUGAACAGAGAGAGUUUUUUUGACGGUUUGAUGAACUGGAAAUCAAAUCUGGACUUCACCUCCAAAGGAAUGCAGGCAGGAUAGUCAUAAAGGCUAUGAACCGUCCCAAGAACCUAUCUGAGCAUGUCGUUUUAAUGCAACCAAUAUCAAAGCCCUUCCUGACAGCUGCCUUUGCUAACAGUCUGAUAACAUUUCAUCACAGCUUAACAGAAAUCUGCUAGAUCUGAGAAAACGCAUCUUCUUUGGCCUCUUCUGAUGUUCUACUGGGAGUUGUUAACUUGAAUUUCUCUGACAAAGAAGAAAGUGGAAACAAGGCUCCAACCCCACCAAGGAGCACCAGGCCUAAGUGCCACAAUCUUGUGUCCUCCAGGAGAGGUGGGGAGCAGCUCUCAAUCUGAGCUCCCCAUGCUGUCCUGGGUGCAAUACCGACUGCCACAGAGAAGUGUAGCUCAUGAAGAGCAACCAAUUUCAAUAGUCCAAGAAAUAAAAGGCUUACUAUAGGUUGGAAAAGAGCACUAAGAUCAUCUAGUCGAACCAUCAACCCAUCACCAAUCUUGUACGUCUCAUGCUGCUUUGAAUUAGGCCCAAUUAGUGCCAAAGGCAGGAUAUGGAUCAUUCCCUCAACUUCCACUGGACCUGACACUCAUCUUCUACUUCAGCACGCUGGGAGAGUGACACAAAGGAUCGGCAUAGCUGAGAAAGGAAGCUCCUCUUGCUAAGUGGGAACUACAGAACUCAAACUGUGUCCAGCAGCACCAUUGAAGCAAUCAUUCAGCAGCUGUCAUUGAUAUUUCACACAUUUCUCCCCUUUUGAAGCACUGCUUCAGCUCAAAACAAACACAGUUGUCAAGAUCUCACCCAAGGUACUGUCUCAAGACUCCAGAGACCCAAUUUGAGAGGCCUUUACACGAGCUUGGAAAAGGUUGUAAAAGUUCUUGCAAACAAUUUCUACCGCUGCCUCCCAUCAUCACACCCAGCAUCGCAUACAGCAAGCGACACAGUGGCCAAUUACACACAGUGUGUGUGUAGAAGAUGUAUUUUCACCAUAUGAGCUGGCACUUCCAUCAAUAAACGUCCUUCUAAUCAAAUACGAAAGAUGCCCAUUUGCUCACAUAGCUUACUGGUAGUCCAUGACCUUUUCUUCAGCUUUUUUUCCCCAGUGGCACAGCAAAUACCUCCUGACUCACUGUACCAAAACCCAUCUGGAUUAAAAACAAAUUGCAAUGGCAUCAAGCUGCCUCAAGGCAGGCUGGUCUGAACCACAAGCACAAAUGGAGAAAGCACAUUUGCCUUUUCUACCAAAGCAACGCAACAUAUGCUCCUAUUAGCCCAGCGACCAUCUGUUCUCUGAGCAGGUUGAAUGCAGGAAUCUGGCUGCACAUGCACUGCUCCCCAUAUUUUCUUUCUUUAUUUUUUUUGCCUGAAGAGUACGUGCAAUUUGUUUUAUCUUGCUUAAAACAUAUAAUCUAUAAAUAACAGAACAUUUUCUGGAUGUACAUCUGUACAGGAGUGGAGGGGUAUUUGCUGUGACAGGAGGUGAGCAUCGACCAACCUCUGUCAGAUAAAUUCCAGACGCAUUUGUGCUCUAAGUAAAAGUGGAGAUAACUCAGCUAUAAAUGCCUGUUUUAAUCUUGGUGAAUAGAGACUCUGUGAGGGCAGGAAAAAGCCUCCCAAUGAUUUCCGGAGUGGCUGGUGAUCUCAGCUAUGCUCACCUAAUGAAACAAAACACAAAUACAAACAUUUUUGAAUCAAAAAGUUUGGAUAAAAAUAUUGCUUAGGAGGAAUGAAUGCGACAGAAGAACAGCAUCUUCUCUUCUGCUCUACUGGAGAGCUGCAAAAUCAGGGCCCAGAGCCACAUUACAAUGAAAUUUCACUGUAAGAUGCUAAGGGGAUGUCCAUAAUUAGGAUGGUUUUUUAAAAUUAUUAUUAUUAUUUCCAUUCUAUUUCUUUUCUUUAGUUAAAGCUUUCAGAAAUCUGUGAUCAAGAAUACAUUUUUCCUGGGUAGUUCCAGGAACCCUAGCCUCAAGUAAGAGUCAGAAACUCUUUGCAAGAGCCAAAUCAGCUCACAAGACCAUCUAUCAUAGAGCUACAAGCAAAAGCUCACAUGAAUUGCUGUCAAUGGUGAAAAAUCCCUUUGACUUUGAAAAUACUAUUAACAGAAAUAACACUAAGCAAAAUUCCCCCGUCCUUCCAGAACCAUAAUGUGGUGUUUGGCUGCUUCUUCCAACUCCAAUUUCAGGACAGGAUUUUCAAAGAUGCAGUGUUUUGGCUUCAUUUCAAUUCUCGUGAGGACAAUGCAAGAUUUCAGUGGGCUCCACAUAUGACAAAUGUGGAAAGCAUUUGAGUCUCUUUGUAUUUCCUCUUUUUCUGCCCUAUUUUUUUUUGGUGACUGAUGAAGCCUUGAGCACGUAGAUAUGCUGAACCGGGUCCAAGAAUCUUUUAUACCUCUUGGCUACUGUUUGCUUACUCUCUAAAGAAAUUAGGAGACUUUGCUGAUCUGAUCUUUAGCUCAAGCUUUGGAGAAGGGAUUUGUAACUCCCGUUUUCAACCAUCACUGAGGCUGAAGGUGAAAAUGAUUACAUUAACAGGGUAAUAUCAAGACAAACAGGUUUCUUCGCUGAGUUUUUGACACUGCACGCAUUGCUUUCAUUAAAUUUCAUUUCAUCCCACUGGGAUGGUAGCAUUCAGAAUGCCAGACUGAAUUUUGGAUUGGUCUUGUCGAUGAUCAGUUUGAGCUCUCCCUGAUAUCAUUGCUGGCAAAUUUUGACUUUGAUCAGAGGCUAAUGAAUUCACUGCAAACAAUUGCCACAAGUCUGCAGUUUUCAGCUCUUCAAGCACAACAGUUAUUUGUACUGAUAGAAUAUAGAAAUUGUUGUCUGAUACCUGUCAGAGUAGUUCAUGUGUAAGCCAUAUCCACACUGUGACUGUCAUACCAACCCUCCCAACACACUUGCCCAAAGGAGGCAGCUGCUCUACCAGCAUUACUGAACUGGCAGGACGUGGAACUGUCCUGCCAAUAUGGAGUAAAUGAGCCCAAACUUUCAACAAACUUGUAAAUAUUAAUUCAUGAACAAGCACUAGCGUAAAGCUGCCAAAGCCUAAUUCACUCAUGAGCAAAAGUGACCUUAGCAAGGCCAGCUUGCCAGGUGGGAAGGCACAAGACAGCUGCCCUCAUCCCUAUGGCAUGACCCAUGGACAGGGCUUGGAGGUACCCUCGUGGAGUCACACUGGGACCCCUGGAGCUCAGCAGCACCUUGUGACUGGGAGAGCUUCCAAGAGGAAGGCUGCAGAGAGGAGGAGCAGGGAGACAGACCUGGACUGUCCUCAAGUGCAAGGAUAACUGAAUCCAGUUGAACCUGUUAUGAUGUUGAUGCACUUGUACAGGCAUUUCACUGCAAAGAGACUCCCUGCUUCCCUGAGAACAUUUACUUCCUUUCCUUUUGCAUAACACUUCAGCAAUACUUAGAGUACCAGUGCAACAAUUUAUUCACAAUGAGUUUGAUUGUGAAGCAAAUGCAAUGACUUCAGCCCAAAUCAGGACCUAACACAGCACCCAUCAGCUGUUAGCACAUUAAGAAAACAGCUAUUUACUUGACGUGAGCAAUAGAAUUUCUCUCUUACAAGUUGCUAUGUGCAAUAUCUCUGGAGUAUAGGGAUGGUAAAACCAAAGAACAAGUAGUAGAAAGCUAUGUUUGACUUCUGAGUGAUGUUAAGCCUUUUCAAAGAUGAACCAAAUCUUCAAAAUUCAACUCAAAGCAAUAAAAUUUCAGACCAGGGAAAAUCACUUUUCCAGGAAUUGUUUUGCAUAUUUUAAAAACCAUGUAAACAGUAUUAGUUUCCUAUUUACAGCACGAUUCUGUACUCUUUAGCUUAUCCUCUUUUAAACAUGUAAUUAUUGUAUAUUGUAACUGCACAUUAAUAUCCUCUAUUGUACAUAGUUUAUUUUAACAAAAUAAAUGUAUUACUAAGUAUUUUGACAGCAUCA